AUGGAGUCGUGUUGUUUACAAAGGAUAUCCAAAAAGAACUAAUUUAGAAGAUUUAAAAAAUAAUUAGGAUAAGCAAUGAAUUAUUUGGAAUUGAAAUAAAAUUUAUAUAAUCAAAAGGAAGAUAAUGUAAAUAAAAAAUAAAUUUCAAUAACGAAAGUAUAAUAUUCAGAGUUAAAAAAAAAUCAAACUUUGUAUAUUGCUUUAUCAAAUGAAAAAUUAGAAGGAUUAAUAAAGAUUACCUUAGAAAAAGUAAUUAAAUGGAAAAAUAAUAAUCAAGGUCUGAUUGUUUAUAGAUAAUUACUCUAAUCUUCAUAUGAUUUUAAACUUGAAGAAGAAAUAAAAAUAAAUGAUUUUCUUGAAAUAUUUUGGAACAAUAUUCCUAAUAAUUUAAAAAUUGUAUUACAAGCUCAAAGUGCAAAAGGAUUUUUUAAAAUAUGA